UUGUUUAUAAAUUUUUUUUUAGCUUUUCACCUCACCUACCUCUAUAUCUACGACACGAUUUAUACCUGCUUACUUAGGUAUCUUUGUUCGUUCAGCUCGGACGCUCCGUCACCUCGACCGCUGGAUCAAGGUGGAAUGAUGCCACCUGCACAACCUGAUCCGCACAUCAAGUAUCUUUGGAAUGAAAGUGUGGAUAUAAGCGAAAUGGCUGGCAUAGAGCAAAAUGACAUGCUCCAACUUCGUAUGAUGCUUGGUAUUGAGCGAAUUUCCACCGAAACACUAUCUCGCUAUAAUGUCCGAGGUCACAUGGACGGUUACGAUCAGCCAGCUGUACUCUAUCCAAGAUAUCGUGGUCUGGCUUCGCGGAUUCGUAUUCCAGCUGGACUGAAGGUCAUUCGCAAAGUGGGAGAUCGUAUGGAAAAAGAGAAUUAUCCAUUGCCUGAUGAAACGCUGCCAAAACCACGUUUUUAUGGCAUGUUCGGCUACCACAUGACUACAGCGUCAGACCGUGCUGUGGUGUUGACAACAAACGAACGCGACACUCUUGCUGUAUACGAGGCAACUGAUGGAGCUCUGGCUUUCGCACUCCCACAUGGGGAGCGGCUCGAUUCCACUGUAUUUCCCUACCUGGAGGAUUUCGAACAGAUCUUCUUAUGGUUUCCUCCUCGUCACCUGGACUAUGCAAAGGAAUGGGGAUAUGCACUGAAUGGUUCCAGAUGCUAUCUUAUAAGAAAUGAAGAACGGCCUAUUGAAUUAGUCCGUAACGGAAAACACAAGGAAGUGAAACACAUUCUCAGCAGAGAAGCGGUACGUCUUCGCGAAAAAGGAUUUCGGUCCAUGACAGAUGUUCGUGAAGAAGUGAAAGCAGACCUCAUCAACUCGAGUACUCGUCAACUAGGUUUUGCACAGUGGAAACGCUUUGCACCUCUGAAUAAGUACUUGCUUGGUCUUCGUCCAGGGGAAUUGACUGUGCUUACUGGAGGCACUGGUUUUGGCAAAACUACAUUUUUAUGCGAGUAUGCGCUUGAUUUAUUCACACAAGGGGUGCGAACACUUUUCUGUAGUUUCGAGAUGCCUGAGGAAAAGAUUUUGAAGUGGAUGCUUGUUCAGUACGCCGGACGUUUCUGUUUUGUCUUGUUCCAUACACACAUGUUCUCGUUAGUUCCACUGUAUCGUGUAGAAUACAGUAGCGCUAUCGACAUGUGGCUGGACAAAUUCGAACGUACGAAAGGACCGUUAACAAUCAUGAAAACGGAUGAGUUCAGGGAGAAAAGCAUCAAUCAGAUUGCAUCAGCUAUCCGCAGUCAAGUGGUGAACAGUGGCUGCCAGCACGUUGUCAUCGACAAUCUUCAGUUCUUAGUAAAUCAGUCAACCAUGGGUGACGAUCAGUCGAGCAGUCUUGAACGCUUUCAUAUGCAGGAUCGUUUCGUAGGGCACAUGCGAGCAUUAGCAACGCAAUACGGUGUUCACGUUACAAUGGUUGUUCAUCCAAGAAAAACUGACGGAGACACAGAUCUUGACAUCCAGCAUUUCGGUGGAUCGGCUCGUGUUACUCAAGAAGCGGACAAUGUGAUUGCACUUCAGAGGAGACGUGAUGAUCGUGAUCGCGGCAAAUUUAGAAAAUUUCUCUAUAUUCUAAAAAAUCGCUAUGGUGGACGUAAGGUGGAGACGGAUCAACUUGAGAUGCUUUUUCAACCCGGCACCUAUUCCCAUACGAUUGUCGAUCAUUCACUGAAAAUUUAG